GCGGAGGCGGCGGCCUGGGAGGAAGCGGAGGAGGCGGAGGCGGCCGUGGCGUUUGCCCGCCUGCUUUUUCGCUGUCUUUCUCCGCCCCCCGCCGGUCUCGCCGCCGCUGAAGAGAGCUGGGUGCGCGCUGUCGCAACCUGCCUUCAUCCUGGCCGGCGACAGUAAGACCGGACCCACAUCCUUACCAACCUCUCUGUCUGGGCGGCUGCGGAGCGGGCUCCACAGGGCACAGGCGGGCGGCCCAGGCGCCUGAAGGUUACCGAGUGCAUGAGCGCCUAGCCUCCCGCACUGCCCCGCCCGCCGGCCCGCCGGCCCGCCCGCCGGCUCGCCCGCCAGCCCUUCGGCGCCCGGCGGCGGCGGCGGCGGCGGCGACGGCCGCAGGAGGCGCAGUCUCUCUCCCAGGUGCGCGCUUCGCUCCCGGAGCCGCGGAACUCGGCGGCCGCCAUGACGUCCAACAUGGACCGGGAGAUGAUCCUGGCGGAUUUUCAGGCAUGUACUGGCAUUGAAAACAUUGAUGAAGCUAUUACAUUGCUUGAACAAAAUAAUUGGGACUUAGUGGCAGCUAUUAAUGGUGUAAUACCCCAGGAAAAUGGCAUUCUGCAAAGUGACUAUGGAGGUGAGACUAUAUCAGGACCUGCAUUUGAUCCAGCAAGUCACCCAGCUCCAGCUCCUGCUCCCUCUUCCUCUUCAGCAUUUCGACCUGUAAUGCCAUCUAGGCAAAUUGUAGAAAGGCAACCGCGGAUGCUGGACUUCAGGGUUGAGUACAGAGACAGAAAUGUUGAUGUGGUACUUGAAGACAGCUGUACUGUUGGAGAAAUUAAACAGAUUUUAGAAAAUGAACUUCAGAUACCUGUGUCUAAAAUGCUGUUAAAAGGCUGGAAGACUGGAGACGUGGAAGACAGUACGGUCUUAAAAUCACUACACUUGCCAAAAAACAACAGUCUUUAUGUCCUUACACCAGAUUUGCCGCCACCUUCAUCAUCUAGUCAUGCUGGUGCCCUGCAGGAGUCAUUAAAUCAAAACUUCAUGCUGAUCAUCACCCACCGAGAAGUCCAGCGGGAGUACAACCUGAACUUCUCAGGAAGCAGUACCAUUCAAGAGGUAAAGAGAAAUGUGUAUGACCUCACGAGUAUCCCUGUUCGCCAUCAAUUAUGGGAGGGCUGGCCAACUUCUGCCACAGAUGACUCCAUGUGUCUUGCUGAAUCAGGGCUCUCUUAUCCCUGCCAUCGACUUACAGUGGGAAGAAGAUCUUCACCUGCACAGACCCGGGAGCAAUCUGAAGAGCAAAGCACCGAUGUUCAUAUGGUUAGUGAUAGUGAUGGAGAUGACUUUGAAGAUGCUUCCGAAUUUGGGGUGGAUGAUGGAGAAGUAUUCGGCAUGGCGUCAUCUGCCCUGAGAAAAUCUCCAAUGAUGCCAGAAAACGCAGAAAAUGAAGGAGAUGCCUUAUUACAAUUUACAGCAGAGUUUUCUUCAAGAUAUGGUGACUGCCAUCCUGUAUUUUUUAUUGGCUCAUUAGAAGCAGCUUUUCAAGAGGCCUUCUAUGUGAAAGCCCGAGAUAGAAAGCUUCUUGCUAUCUACCUCCACCAUGAUGAAAGUGUAUUAACCAACGUGUUCUGCUCACAAAUGCUUUGUGCUGAAUCUAUUGUCUCUUAUCUGAGUCAAAAUUUUAUAACCUGGGCUUGGGAUCUGACAAAGGAUGCCAACAGAGCAAGAUUUCUGACAAUGUGCAAUAGACACUUUGGCAGUGUUGUUGCCCAAACCAUUCGGACUCAAAAAACAGAUCAAUUUCCACUUUUUCUGAUUAUUAUGGGAAAGCGAUCAUCUAAUGAAGUGUUAAAUGUGAUACAAGGUAACACAACAGUGGAUGAGUUAAUGAUGAGACUCAUGGCUGCAAUGGAGAUCUUCACAGCCCAACAACAGGAAGAUAUAAAGGAUGAGGAUGAACGAGAAGCCAGAGAAAAUGUGAAGCGAGAACAAGAUGAGGCCUAUCGCCUUUCACUUGAGGCUGACAGAGCAAAGAGGGAAGCUCAUGAGAGAGAGAUGGCAGAACAAUUUCGUUUGGAACAGAUUCGAAAAGAACAAGAAGAAGAACGUGAGGCCAUCAGGCUCUCCUUAGAACAGGCCUUGCCUCCCGAGCCAAAGGAAGAAAAUGCUGAGCCUGUGAGCAAACUGCGGAUCCGGACCCCAAGCGGCGAGUUCCUCGAGCGGCGUUUCCUAGCCAGCAAUAAGCUGCAGAUCGUCUUUGAUUUCGUAGCUUCCAAAGGAUUUCCAUGGGAUGAAUUCAAGUUACUGAGUACCUUUCCUAGGAGAGAUGUAACCCAGCUGGACCCAAAUAAGUCAUUAUUGGAGGUAAAGUUGUUCCCUCAAGAAACCCUUUUCCUUGAGGCAAAAGAGUGAACAUGGCUCAGCGGUGGAACCAGCCAUUCCUUGACAAGCCAGAGGCUGCAUCAAGAGGAGGGCUCCUCAUCAACCCAUUUACACGCUCGUCUCACUCAACUCAAUGUCACACUUCUGCCUCUUGCAAGAUUGCUGGAAAAAAGUAAUAAUAAACAUAGCUACUUAAAAUUUCCCAUC